UUAAAAUAAUUCAAAAUUGAACAACUUUAUUAAUAAUAUAUACUUUAAAAUCUUGUAAAAUACGAUAUUUGCGAUCGAAUAUGAUAUAAUACACUUUUAACAAUUACGCGACUAUAUUUUGUCUGGGAAUACCCAAAGAACCAAUUAAUAAAUACCUAAUUCAAAAGCUCAGAUAACCAAACCAAAUAGACGUCGAUUUAAUAGAUUCUGUAAAAAAAGCAUUAUUUAAAUGGAAGACGAAACAGUACAAUUUUUAAGACAAACGAAUCGUAACCAAUUGUUAUUACAUCGACGUAAACUGAGAGAUGAAGAAUCCGACAGCCGGCGCUCUAACUUUAGCAUUUCAUCCGAAAAUAUCAAAGAUAUUGUGAACAAAUUAAAGACUAAGACAUCAAUAUCGGUGACUGAAUUAAGUGCCUUAAAGAACAUGCUCAAUGAUGAUAGAAAAACAAUGGAACUGGUACUUAGUGUCAAUGGUGCUUUGAGAGGUCUGAUAAGAGAAUUAACAGGAAAUGAUAUUGCAAAACAGUGCCAAGCGGCUGGCUGCAUCUGCAACCUAGCCCUAGGUGAUAGGAGAGCUGGUGUUGCCGUAACUAAAUCUGCUGGACCGUACCUUAUCGCUGCACUUGACAAUCUCACCACCGAACUAGCUGUAACUUGUGCCUGGACAAUAGGUAACCUGGCAGGAUCUGGCCCCAGAGCGUGUGAUCUACUUGUGUCUCAAGGUGCAGUUUCCAAGCUAGCUGGAUUACUGUCCCACAGUACUCAGGACGUGCGAGAUGCUGGGCUAGAAGCACUAGUGCACUUUGUAUACACAGUUGAGGAUUUAAAAUCAGAUCAUCUAGAGAGAAUAGUAGUAGCGGUACAAAAAUUAGAUAUAUCAGAACAAACUUCACAGAUAUUGUUCUAUCUAUCUCCAAGAAGACUUCACAGCUUCACUGUUGGCAGAAGAAUAUAUUUUAAAAAUCAUAAACAUUGUACUGGAAAAGAUAGAACACAGUCUGAAUAAAGAAAAUGAACAAUUUAUAUUUUUAACAAGAACAUUAGCGAAUAUGUGCGAUAAGAGUGUGUAUACACUGAUUUUAAAUAUGUUAAUGGAAAGAAAUUUGUGUUG